UCAAAGGGUCCAAAGGGUGAUUUACGCCCAGCUUAAAGGUUUCAAAACAUUCGAAAACCAGCAAAACAUGACGGAACACGCAAAUAAAGUAUCAGCGGGGCAUAAAGCGGCCGCAAACCUGUCAUCAUUCAAAGCGGUUUCAAAAGAUUGAGCAAAAGUAUCAUUUUUGGGUCUGCGGGUUUUGCAGCGUUUUAAGACAAUUCUUGUCCGUUUGUAGUGAUUUGUUGGGAUGGAAAUCAAAGUGUCAAUGAAUUCAAAAUAAAUAAAUCACUCAGCUAGGACCACCUGGGUCCGGUUUAGGCCCACACAACUUGCUAUUGCGAUUCACCACUGUGUAGGAUGAGUCCGUCACUCAGCAUCCCACCCCCUUUCCCCUCAAACACACAAGCAGCACACACACGGGUAGUGGACACAUCAAAGACUGCGCUGAGGAGAAGGAGCGGCACCGGGCAAGACGGGACGAGACAGCGGAGUUCGCAUCGCAAAGUUUGGUGGUCAAGUGUCCAGAGAUCUCGUCGUCCGGCCCAAGCGUUCAAGUACAAAUUCUGGGGAUUUUAAGACCACUCAUGAACACACGAGAAGGAUUCGAAAAUGGAGAGGGAACUUUUUGACCAGACCAAUCGGUGGAAUAUUGUUUCUGCAGCACCUUCUCUGAGCAGCUUGAGCCUUCAAUAAAAUCCACCAGCCUGCACGAUUCCUCCAGACAUCCUCGGCAGCUAACAAUUCGAUAAAUGGACGGCUCGGGCUCCUUGCCUCCAUCUCCCCCAUACACCUUGCCGACCAGUCCCAAUUUCUCUCUGCCUGCCACCCCUGCCCCGAGCUCUCCAUCUCCCAGCUUGGCAUCCACCGCUGUGUUCUGCUCCUUCCUCUCCCUGCUCUCCCUCCUGGGCAUUACGGGCAACCUGUACACUCUGGGCCUCCUCCUGAGGCGCCGGAGGAGCAGAAGGAGGAGCGGAGCGGGCCUGGCCCGCUGCUUCACGCGAGUGCCCGCACCCUCCUGCCUUUCUGGCCCUUCCUCGCUCUCCCCCUCCUCCUCCCCCCUCUCCUCCGCCUCCUCCUCCUUCUCCUCCUCCUCCUCCUCUCUUCACCUGCAGGUGCUGAGCCUGGCGCUGGCCGACCUGCUCUACCUGUUCACCGCCCCCUUCAUCGUCUACGACAGCCUGGCGUCCGACUGGGCCUUCGGCGAGCUUGGCUGCCGUCUCCUCCUGAGCCUGGACCUCCUCACCAUGCACGCCUCCAUCUUCACCCUCACCGCCAUGAGCCUGGACCGCUACCGGGCCGUGGCGCGGCCCCUGCACACCUCCUCCACCAACUCGUCGGGCCUGCUGCGAGUGAGCUCGGCUUGGGGGUUGGCCGUGGCGCUGAGCUUGCCCAUGAUGAUCACCCUGCACCUGGAAGACGGGGAGAACCAGGAGGGCCAGCUGUGCGUGCCGGCGUGGGACGAGCAGAGCUCCAAGGCCUAUCUGAGCGUGCUCUUCUGCACCAGCAUUCUCGGGCCGGGCCUGGCCAUCGGCGCGCUCUACGCUACCCUCGGCCGACUUUACUGGGUGUCUCAGACCCGGGCCCCGUGGGGGACGGGCACGAGUACUGCUUGCCCCGCCCGUGCGCCCAAACCCAAAGUCCUGCUUCUCAUCUUGGGCAUCGUCCUGGCCUUUUGGGCUUGCUUCCUCCCUUUCUGGAUCUGGCAGCUGCUGCCUCUCUACCAGCCUGACAUGCUGAGGACAGUACCGGUAGGCACUCAAGUGACGGUGAACCGGAUCCUCACGGGACUGACCUACGGAAACUCGUGCGUGAAUCCGUUCUUCUACACGCUACUGACUGGGAAGCGAAGACGCAAAUGCCAAACGCUGACCUCGGCGAAUCAGCUCUGCCGCAAGAGCAGUCCGUUGCAAUAGGCUUCCUUUGGAUCACCCGACACAAUAAUGUGAGCCUUCCUGUGUGUGCUUUCUGACAUAGACGUAUGUGGGGCGGAGGGGCGGGGUUGUAUACUGUCAAUUCAUCAUUUUGCAUUACUCUCAGUAGACACCAAAGCCCAAUGAUUCCGCAGCAAAUCGGAGCACUUUGUAAAGAAGUUUUGUGUCAACUUCGGAAUGAAAGAGUCGCUCGCUCAUGUUUGGUUUUCUGGCGGUGCAAAAAUGACAAUCUGAGUCACGGCGAAGUAGAACAAAAAAAGGGUCUGUCCGCUGCUGGGUAAAAAUAUCGUAAAAGACCAUCACUGUCGGUGAGUUGUUAUUAUUAUGAUUAAGAUGAUGAUUGCUACAUGAACCAAAUCACCAACCGCAGGAAUGUCAUUUUAUUUGCUGGAUGAAGAUUUUGCAUGCACAAAAACAUCUCCAGUGUCAAUUAUUGAUGCACUUCGGCUUGUUUUCUAAAAAAAAAAAAAAAAAAAAAAAAAAGGUCAAGGAAGUUUUUUGUCCUUCUUUGACAGAGGUUUGCAGUUGGCAACUCGUCUGUAUCUCUGGGAUUUUUCGGAGGCAUUGUGAAUGAAGCUUUAGUGAGUCUUCGCUUAGCUUCUUGUACAUUUAAAAACACACUUUUAUGUUGCUCGGUUAGAACAUGCAAUGAUGUUGCAUGGCUUCAACUCUGUCACUGACUGAUGUUUAUAUUAAGGCUUAAUAUAGAGCUCUAAAUAAAGAUUAUGCUUUCUGCAACUGAGUCAUUUGAUUUGUUACCAGGGCAAAAUGAACACCGCUGGACACUUCAUUACAUGAGCUGACUCUAAAAACCUUCAAUGCAUGAAAAAGAAAAAAAAA